AUGCCUACCACACGAUUGACAACAUUAUGCGCGCGCGAAAUCCGCGCGUCGCAAAUUAAAAGCCUUCCGCAGCCCUUCAGCCACCGGGCAACGGUCUCGACAGCAUCAUGGACUGCCAUUCGCCAAAAUGGCAGCCCAAAGACACCCUCUACAGUUUUCCAAUUAUCAAUUCCUUCCACUAGGUCAUACUCAAAGGGAUCGGCCGUCUCUCGUCUAGCUAGGAGUGCUUCGUCGCCCGGAGCUGCCGCUGAGACUUAUGUCGCGUACGGUAUGACCCAGAAGAUUUUUGAGGCCUGCUCCAAGCAGGGCGAUUAUACAAUUCCUCAGGCUGGCCAGAAGGGCGUCGAGGUCCCGACCACCGAAACCGGAGAACAUAUUGGGGUUGGAGAUAGCUGGUGGUAUAAAGAACUCGGCCUGGCACCUACUUUCUCGACCUGGUCUCAAAUUACUUUCCUCCACAUGUACCUUCUUACCGUCCGACUCCGCGCUCUCCCCACCCGUGAUAGUGUCCAGACCUACUCUCGCCACCUCAUCGACCACUUCUCCCACAAUGCCGAACACCGCAUGGACACGCUACAUGAUCUGGGGAGUCGGGGCAUUCGGAACAAGUAUCUCAAAGAUCUGUUCAUCCAAUGGCGUGGAAUCAUCGCCGCCUACGACGAGGGUCUGGUUAAAGGUGAUGCGGUGCUGGGCGCUGCUGUCUGGAGGAAUUUGUGGAAGGCGAGUCCUACAGGCCCUGACGGGAGGGAGAUAGACUGGACCAAGGUCGCCUGGGUCGUGGCGUACAUGCGCCGUGUCCUUUCUGAGCUCUCGAAGAUGGAUGAAGCUGAUUUGGCCUUUGCCCUGACUCAGGGAGGUGAGCAAGGCUCCGAGUCCGGAGUCUUCGGGUAUUCCCCCUCUUGA